UGUGACGCUGAGCGCGGGGCAGCUGUUCAGCCUGCAGUGACGGUGAGACGCUGUGAUCAGAGGUCGAUUACUGAUGUAAUCACGCAGCAUUUCUACUGCGCAGCAGAUCCUCCCGCGCGCCUGCUCUUAUUAUUACGAGGAGGUUGUCUUCUUCUCCUCCUCAGGGCGGCGGUAGAGGCGACCAGACGUGACGUAGCGACCGUAGAGGAAGAAGAGCGGUAGUAAACAGCGGCAGCCUUGUGUUGUAGCAGCAGUGGGCGUCCUCGUGAUGUCAUGGUGAUGUCGUCGGUGAAGGAGCGGUACCGUGACAUCAGUCCUGUGACGCUGCAGGUGGUGGGCGGGGCCGUGAGCUCCAGCCUGUACUGCGGGGAGGUGGAGGGUCUGUCGGGGGGGCUGGUGGAGUCGUUCCUGGUGGAGCUUUAUCGCUGUAAACUCUGUCAGUUCACCUGCGGCCUGAAGACCGCCAUCAGCGGCCACCUGCAGCUCAGGCACCGCCCCCCCACCCUGACCUACCUGGAGGGGGCCGACGGAGGGGGCGGGGCUGAGGACAGAGAGGACGCGGGGCUCCAGAGGGGGGCGUCGCCCUAUCAGCUGGAUCUGAACGGGGAGUCGAAGCAGAGCGACGAGGACGAGUUCCUGCUCUACAACAUGCUGGACAACAUGAGCCCGCCCACCUGUGACAUCAGCAGCGAGGGGGGGCUGCAGGUCGCACACACCUGUGAGGUCAGCACUCUGUUCGAGGAGGAGUCCUCCAUCUUCCCUCUGAAGGGGGGUUCAGUGGAUCUGUCCUGUCCCAUCGACCCCCCCUCCACCCAGGAGGAGAUGGCACAGUCCGCUCACCUCAUGACUCUGGGACUGUGUCGCAUCUCAGCAGCCAAACCUCCUCCUCCUCCUCCGUCCCGACCCGUCCAGCGCGCUUCACCUGUGGUGACACCUGACACCCACCUGCAGCCCGACAGCCUGAAGCCGAGUGGUGGCGAGACGGGGACCUCGCCCUGCAGGAAACGGCGGCUGCGGCUGCUGUGUCUCCUGUGUCCUCUGACGCUGCCAUCCAGGCGGCUGCUGGACGUCCACGUCCGGUCUCACCGGGGCGCCGGAGGAUUCGGCUGCGUCUGCUGCAGCUGGACGGCCGACAGCUGGGAGGAGCUGGAGCCUCACUGGCGGAGCCACUGCAGGAGGAGGCGGCGGAGGAGGAGGAGGAGGAGGAGGAAGGAGCAGAAGCAGGAGGAAGAGAAGAAGAAGAAGAAGAAGGCGGCGGCGAGGCCGUUCAGCUGCCCGGACUGUCUGAGGACGUUUAGGAGCGCCGAGUUACGAAACGCUCACCAACAACAAGAUGAUGGCUGCAGACAGCGUCACCACGGCAACCACUCAGACGGAUGGAGGGGCCGGCUGAUUGGGCGAGCAGGAGGGAAGGAGGCGGAGCACACAGACAGGUGGGCGAUAGAAAGUGUCCUCGCCUGUCUUCACCUUCACAGAGCUUUUAUUAUACAGACCAGCAGAGCUCAGACCGGGUCCAUGCAGGGCGUCCGGAGGAAGACCAGAAGGAAGAAAGAAGAGGAAGAGAAGGGGGGCGAGGAGACGUCUGCUGACGUCAGAGACCAGACAGGAUUCUGCUGCUCUUUGUGUCACAGGAAGUUCUCUACCAAGCUGACUCUGAGGCGUCACCUGGGCGUCCACGGGGGACAGAAACCGUUCACCUGUCCUCACUGUUCCUACAGCAGCAGGCUAAAGGCAUCACUGCUGCAACACCUGAGAACGCACACAGGUGAGAAGCCGUACAGGUGUGCUGAGUGUCCAUAUGCUUCUAUCGAUCGCAGCUCUCUGCUCAGACACUGCAGAACCCACAGCCAGGAGAAACCAUACAGGUGUCAACACUGUGACUACAGCAGUAUCCAGAAGAAGAGUUUGGACCUCCACGCUCGCCGCCAUCACACCGGCGAGUCGUUUCCAUGCCAGCAGUGUGAGUAUUCGAGUCCGGACCGCCAGCUGCUGCUGAGACAUGUCCGCAGACACCACGCCCCCUCCCAGCAUGCCACACUGUGAUCACGCAGCUGAUUGGACACUCUGAUUGGACUGUUAGCUUGUGGGGAGGUCUGAUGAUGUCACCAGACGUGCUGCUGAUGUCACAGUGUUUUAACUGAAUGUUUUUAUUUAUCUGCUGGUUGGAUUUGCAUUAAAGGAACAUAAAAGCUGAA